AGAUUUUUACUGUUUUUCAAUUUCAGUUUUUUCUUUUCCUUUUUAUGAUAUACACCGAUAUCGAUGUUAAUUAUGGAAUUGUAUUAGACGAUUCAUCUGAAACGCAAUGUGGUCGAGAACACGCAGGAACCCUUGGAUCAGAGUUUCUUAUUUUAAUCAUGCGUAAUAUCGCUCCUUCUAGUUCUAUCUUCAUAACGACUGAAAAUUCAACGACAGUCAACAUAUCUACCUCUGAAAAUCUGCAGAGCAACUUGAAAUCCUCCAUUGAUCAAGAAACCUUUGUCAAUUCUGCCGCAAAUAUUGUUCUUCCGCAAGAAAUACAAUGUAAUUUUUUUCGAAAAGAACCUAAAGGAAUUUUAGUCCGGUCCCAGGAACCAAUAAAUGUACUUGUAUCAGACAACAACAAUCCUCUUAUUGAAUUCAGAGUCGACACAACGACAGUUAUACCAGUUGAGAAACUUGAUACAUCCUACAUUAUUUCCUCUUUUGAUCCAUCUACGAGCCAUUUCGCAGUCGCAGCAUCUGAAGAUGACACAAAUAUUACAAUAUCCCUGAAAAUUUCGAAUAAUGUAGCCAUCUCAAUCUUUGGGAGCACAUACCGGGAUAUGGAUACAUUUGUACUUUCCUUGGAUAGACUGGAAACUUUUCAAUUUCGUGCUGGGGCAGAUUUUUCUGGAACUCGAAUUGAUUCUAACAAGCCUGUUGCUGUCUAUUCUGGUACUGUUUGUCUAACUGGAGGAGAUGGAGGUUGUAGCCCUGCUCUUGAACAAAUGCCGCCCAUCAGUCGCCUAGAUGAUAUUUUCAUUGUACCACCUAAAUUCAAUGCAAAAGUCAUUAGACUGAUGUCUCCAGAGAACGCAACAGUACAAAUCUCUAAGGGAAACGCCACCCAGAGUCGGGAGAUAUACCAGAGUGUGCCAUUUGAUAUCCCUAUUGUUGAUGAUGAAUGCAUAGUCAUUGAGAGUGAAAGUUCCAUUUUAGUUACAAUGGUAGCAUUUGAAUUGACUCCAGGUCCCUUUAUUGCGACUGUUCCAGGAAUCAACCAAUAUCUAACAAGAUAUAAAGUCUUUGUGGCCGAGGGAUACCCGAUAAGUUUCGUCGCCAUUAUGAUAGAGACGGAAGCUAAGAAUUGUCUUGUAUUGAACAACCAACCAAUUAUGACCAAUGCAAUAUUCCAUGAAAAACAAGUACUCGUUGGAUGUAUUUCAUAUACCCUGAUGAUUGUUGAGUUUAAAGACGGUGAGCUGAUUGUCGAGUCGGAGAAAACUCCCUUUGGAUUAAUGGUGUAUGGUCAGAACACGUUUGACGGACAUGGCUUUGCUGGAAAUGUCAUCUCAAGUUUACUUUGCUAGGCAAGUCAAUUAAAGUGGAUGAAAUACUUUUUCUCACA